AUUCGGUCUGUUCUUUAUAGCUGCGCUGCUGAACUGCUGCAGUAAGUCGAAGUGAGGGAACAUGUACUUGUUUUACUUCAACUUAUUGCACUAAUUCGGCAAUGCAGCUAUAAAAAACAGACCAAUUGUUUAUACACGACGUAUAUACACACACAUCAUGACAUUUAUAUAAGUACCAUAUACAUAUACACACACACACACACACAUAUACACAGUACACGUGUGCAUAUAUGAGUGCGGCGCGUCUAAUCGAGUAAUAAUUGUGAAAGCGCCUGUGAUAUUUCGAGAUGUCAAAUUCGACGGAGAUUCGCGGCAAGUAUCUGUCGUUAUUCCCCUGCGGCGAAGAGACGCCCAUCUCCCGCGGACGUGUAAGGACGCGCUCCGUCGUGUUUCGUAAUUGCGCUCGCGUGGUUGCGCGUGUAAAUAUUUGCAUUGGGUGUCGUGCGUCCGAUUACACGCGGUCUUUCGUGGAAGAAACGAAAGAAUAUCUCGUCGUCGCUUCGGACCGCCCUCCCCCACCGUAACGCGAAAUUCUCGACGCGAAUUAAUCGUCGCGGCGCACAUUUGCGAACUGUAUCUUGCCGCACUUCCUGCAUAUUUAUGAGACGGGAAAUAAGGAUUCGAUCCUCUCUUCCCGACGUGAUUCCAGAUUCGAUUCUCGCACAAACGUCUGAAACUGUCAUUUGCGAGGUAGGCGUAAAUAUGCGCGCAACGGUAUGUAGCGUGCGAUGAAGCAAUUACAAGAUAUCCUGUCGGCGAAGUAGCGGAUUGUUGAAUGAAUAUUUCACGUGUAUAUAAAUCGGACGGGUCCCUUAGUAGAACGCCAUCAUUUCGACGUGUUAUUCGUGUUGUUUUGAGAGAAGUAGAAAGAUGCUAUGGCUGCUUCCGUGUCACAUAAUGACGAGGAGGAACUGAAUGGGGAAACGGAGUCAGAAGCCAGUAGCAUAUACCAUGGCUCGGUGAUCUCCACUGUACCUGAUCGCCAUGGGUUUUUGGGCGGUUCUCAAUAUAGUCCUGAAAGAAAACAAGCUGUACCACCCGAUGUGAUACUACGGAGAGAGAGAAAAUGGAUACAGAUGUUGAACAAUUGGAGCAUUUUCAUGACCGCAAACUAUCGCAAGGUCCGUGAGAGGUGUCGCAAAGGUAUACCACCUUCCGUGAGAUUGCGCGCCUGGUUGAACCUUUGCGGAGGUCAGCUGUUGAUGAAUGAGAACCCGAACCUGUACGAGGAGCUCAUCAAAAGGCCCGGAGAUCCCAAAUACAUAGAAGAUAUUAAGAAGGAUCUCCAUCGUCAGUUCCCUCAUCAUGAGAUGUUCGUGGAAAAUGCACCCGGCCAGCAAGAACUGUUCCAAGUGCUCAAGGCGUAUUCCAUCUUGAACAGCAAAGUGGGUUAUUGCCAAGCCCAAGCACCCAUAGCUGCGUUCCUGCUGAUGCACAUGCCGGCGGUACAGGCGUUCUGGUGUCUCGUAGCGAUAUGCGACAAGUACCUCGUCGGCUAUUACAGCCAAGGCAUGGAAACGUUGUUGCGCGACGGGGACAUCCUGUUUGCUCUUCUCAAGAGAAUCUCUCCCGUCGCAUACAAACACUUAAAAAAGCAAAAAAUGGAACCGAUCUUGUAUAUGACCGAGUGGUUUUUGUGUGUUUACACGCGAACUUUGCCGUGGGAGAGUAUCUUACGCGUAUGGGACAUGUUUCUCUGCGAGGGCGUGAAAGUGAUUUUCAAAGUUGGUCUGGUAUUAUUGAAGGGUAGUUUGGGUCGCUCGUCGCUUGCUAAACGUUGUCCGACGACUUACGAAACUCUCCAAGUCCUAAGAAAUCCACCUCAGAAUAUCAUGGAGGAAGAGGCUUUGGUUUAUCAGAUUCAGAGGUUGAAUUUAAGCGAGGAGGAUUUCGAGUACGAACAUCAGAGACAACUAUUGAGGAGGAAAGCAGCGGAUCAAGCGGCUCUUUCUACUACCAACCGAACUGACUGACCGUUGAAUAGUUAGGCGGAAAAAUAUGGGGCGAAAUAUAUACAAUUAACUGUAUACUGUCCCAAAGUGUGCCUUCCCUUCCGUUCUUCUGAUACCGCACACAGAUUCUACAGUUUGAAUGUUUAGAAGUUAUCGCAUGUUGAACAGAAUUGGAAGAUCUAACGAGAAAAACAAGCGCGUAGGUACGUAUACUUGCAAGGCAGAAAGUAAUUUUCGUACACUUCGCACACACACAUACACACACACACACACACACACAUAUACACAUGUCCACAUUCCUCGAGCAGUUGGAGUACAUUAUUUAUCUUUACUUCCUUUAUUACAAUAGUGUACGCGUAUUAUAAAGAGAGCACAAUAUUUAUAGACUCACAUAGUUACUACUACUAACUUAACGGUAUUUUCUCAUCGGUAUAUUUGUAGCUAGCGAUAAUGAUCCUCGCGAUUGCAUUAUCGAUAUUUAUGUACAAAAAUCUGUCGCAUUUUUAAAUAAAAUCUAUAUGAUAAUGUUACUAGAAA